UGCCCUGGUCAACCCUGCAGACAUCCAGUCACUGCCACCCUUACAGACCAACCUCAAUAUGAGAGAUACCAUCAACAGCAUCAUCAGGAGCCUGUCAGCAGAGCAGCGCAGGGCCUUUGGGAGGUGGUACAGCCGAGCCCUCAGCUCCCUCAACAUGACAGCCGGCGGCCCCUCCUUCAUCAGGGACACUGGUAACCUGAUCGUCUACCUGCCCUUUCACAGCUUCCAGCACCUAUCACCUGCUCAGCUGUUGAAUGGAAUGGAUGUGUUGCUGAUGAACACCCUAAGCCCCCUACAGCAGCAGUUUGUGGCUGAGAGCCUCAUAGGGACCUUUAGAAAUCUAACAGCAGAACAAUUCAGGAGGCUUGGCAACCUGAUGUGUCUGUCAGACCCAAAGGACCUGCAGGUGUACAGAAACACAGAGGCCUUCUCUGUGAUUCAGGACAACAUUAGGACAUGUGUUGUCCAGGGCCUCCGGAGUCCCAGUGACUUGAUCUCCAGCUUGUUCCUGAAUGGGAGUGAGCUUCAGUCUCCUGGCUCUCUCCCCGCCGGCCGAGUGUCUCAGCUGGCUCCCUUCUUGCCCUGGCUGGGUGUGGACUUCCUGCAGAAGCUCAGCCAAUCCCAGCUCAGCCCUGCGCUGACAGCCCUGGCCUCUGUGCCCUUCACUCCUGCACAGGUAGAGGAUCAUCAUCAGCCAUCACAAGCAUCCUCUAAACAGAGAGCUCUAAUGGAGCACCUUCUCUGGCUCUGCCGGCAGCUGCAGAAGCUGGGCUCUCUGGUGAGUGGGGUGAAGGUGGAGACUCUGCGAGCUUUGCCCUCUGACACACUGCUGUCCUCCCUGCCUGACAAUUGCCCUGCACACACCCGGCCUCAACCACCCACAGGCCAACACCAUCACCACCAAACUCUGGGUAUGGCCUUAGACGGACUCACUAACACUGACACCCAUCCUCACAAACAGCGAACAUGUCACUCAUACUAA